AUGGCGACAAUCAGCAGCAUUAAAACGGAGGGCGAGGAAGGUGACACGAUUGUGGUGAUUCUGCAACAACCACCACCUUCACCAUCAGCAAUUGACGAUAAUGCUGGUGAAGAGGAAGAAAAGGUGUCAAUCAAGGCGAUGAAUGGUGGUGGUGGACAUGACCAGGAAAACCAGCCAAACAAUUUUCUGCACUCAUUACCUCAGUCCUCACCCUCACCUGAGGACUUUCUCAACAGUAGUUCUGGCAAAGAUGAUCAUCACCAACAUCUCAUCCCAACAUCUCCCGUCACUGUCAGCUGCAGUAGCAGCAGCAGCAGUAGCUCAGGUGGAAACAGUCCGACGACUCAGUCACUCACCAGCUCAAAAGUGAUUGCCAACAACAAAAAAGACAACAUAGUUUCCUCAUCCUCUUCUUCUGAGCCUAAAUGGGAACUAGAAUCGACUACAAACGAUGACGGUGGCAAUGAAAGUGGUGGUGGCACUGACAACAACAGCAACAACAACAGCAGCGAAACUGACCAGAACUGGCCAGCACCGAACAACAGCACACCCAAUUACGCAAUGUUCCCAGCCAACGAUGGCCUUCCACUGGCGCUGCUCGACUCAAUGAUCAACGAUGAUGGCACCUUUCCAACGUUGGGUGGCCUCUUUGAUGACUUUGACCGACUUCUCAGCGAGGGCUCGAGUGGUAAUGGCAAUGGCACCGACAACAACAAUCACCAUGCAAUGGAGCUCAGCCCCGAUGAUCUCAGUACCGGUGAGGCCAUUUUUGAGGAGGAGGCGGCAGCUGCGGCCUUCUUCAACAACUACCACCCAGCAACGACCACUGUAGUUGCAAAAACUAAUGACCGCAACCGAGGAGCAAACAAUGAUUCAAUGCUUUUGGGAUCGACAUCAAACAAUGGGAGCUAUCAGUCAUCAAAAGCCAAUUGGUCUUCAUCUUCGGCUGCCUACCCGUUGUACUCGCUGGACUACGACUACGAAUGGUCACAACAACAGCAAAAUUUGUCUGCACUGAGUACUGAAAGCAGUAAAGGAGCUUACAUCAGUCACAGCUAUUACUACAACUUUGUCCUUGACUUGCAAAGCGCCCUUGGCAGCAGUGAAACAGCACAAAUAGUCUGGUGUGCUUUGAUCAGUAUUAGUAAAAUCUAA